CUCAUAGAUUUUCAGUGGAAGCUGGGUAUGGCUGUGAGCUCAGACAGCUGCAGAUCACUUAAGUAUCCUUAUGUUGCAGUGAUGCUCAAAGUAGCAGAUCAUUCAGGCCAAGUAAAGAACAAGUCCUUCGAAAUGACAAUUCCACAGUUUCAGAAUUUCUACAGACAGUUCAAGGAAAUUGCUGCAAUUAUUGAAACUGUGUGAAAACUGAUUACUUGGUUGAUGAAUUGCUACCAUCAUUCUAAAAUCAUGGACUUUACUUUCUGCAACAAAACUGCCUAAGGAUCAAAUGAUAUUUAUUGAAUGAAAAUUACACUUUUGGUUUUCCAUUUUUUUUAAUAAUAAAAAAGAAAAUCAGACAAACAGGAAUUACAAAGUGGUGAUUGCUGCAUACUUUGUGAAUGUACUAAGAGCCACUGAAUUGGAAACUUUAAAGGGUGAAGAACUCUGUGGUAUGUGAAUUAUAUCUUAAUGAAAAAUAAAUCAAACAGUUGAAUGAUAUUAAAAGCAGCACCAGUUUAUGUAUUAGACCAAUAGUUUUAAAAAUUACUGGUAAUGUUACCCAUUUUAUAAACAAACUCUUCUUUUUUAGCAUUCAUUUUUUUAUUGAUGUAGAGUUGAUUUACAAUAUUAUAUUAGUUUCAGAUGUACAAUAUGGUAAUUCAAACUUUUUAGAGAUUAUACUCCAUUUAUGGUUAUUAUAAAAUAUUGGCUAUAUUCCUUGUGCUGUGCUGUACAAUGUGUCCUUGUAGCUUAUUUAUUUAUUUAUUUAUUUAAAAAAAUUAUUUAUUUUAUUUUUGGCUGUGGUGGGUCUUCAUUGCUGCAUGCGGGCUUUUCUCUAGUUGCGGCGAGCGGGGGCUCCUCUUCGUUGCGGUGCGCGGGCUUCUCAUUGCGGUGGCUUCUCUUGUUGCAGAGCCCAGGCUCUAGGCGCUCAGGCUUCAGUAGUUGUGGCGCUCGGGCUCAGUAGUUGCGGCUCACGGGCUUAAUUUCUCCACAGCAUGUGGGAUCUUCCUGGACCAGGGCUCGAACCCAUGUCCCCUGCAUUGGCAGGUGGAUUUUUAACCACUGUGCCACCAGGGAAGCCCCAACAGUCUUUAUUUUAAAGUCUAUUUUAUCUGAUAUGAGUGUUGCUACUCCAGCUUUCUUUUGAUUUCCAUUUGCAUGGAAUGUCUUUUUCCAUCCCUUCACUUUCAGUCUGUAUGUGUUCCAAGGUCUGAAGUGGGUCUCUUGUAGACAGCAUAUAUAUGGGUCUUGUUUUUGUAUCCAUUCAGCCAGUCUGUGUCUUUUGGUUGGGGCAUUUAAUCCAUUUACAUUCAAGGUUGUUAUCGAUAUGUAUGUUCCUAUGACCAUUUUCUUAAUUGUUUUGGGUUUGUUUUUGUGGGUCCUUUUCUUUUCUUGCGUUUCCUGCCUAGAGAAGUUUCUUUACCAUUUGUUGUAAAGCUGGCUUUGUAGUGCUGAAUUCUCUUAGCUUUUGUUUGUCUGAAAAGCUUUUGACUUCUCCAUCGGUACUAUAUGAGAUCCUUGCUGGGUAGAGUAAUCUUGGUUGUAGGUUUCUCUUUCAUCACUUUAAGUAUAUCCUGCCACUCCCUUCUGGCCUGCAGAGUUUCUGCUGAAAAAUCAGCUGAUAACCUUAUGGGGA